UAUUUUCAUGAGAAAUUUACUAAAUUUCGAAAGAAAUUCUAUUAAGUUUAAAAUGAUUAACAAAAUAAGAAUGCAAAUGUUUUUCUAGAGAGUAAAAAUGAUGAUUUACAAAGAAACCAUCAGACAUAAGGUGUCAUUAAUAAGUUGUGUUGGAAAUUGAAGAGAGACUACUAUUACAUGCAUUAUUCGCAUUUCAAGUUUUUACAUAUAUUCUAUAUAAAAAUUGGUGAAUUUGCGGAUGUUUGCUCGACACUGUAUUUUUCAUUUUAAUUGUUCUAAAAACGAAUUUGUCAAAGAAAUUAUAUAAAUUGUUUGUUUAGUCGCGACUUCAGGCCUAACCUAUUUCGCGGCUAUAUAACAUGAAAAUGACAAAGGGUGGCAUCACUCUCUCGGGGAACAAGAGUGAACAAGAGACCGAGACCGUAACUCUUCAAAUGACGCCAUUUUAUUAACCUUUUCGGCGCGGAUCGCGACGAGGCAGUCGGGGGAUCAGUUUGCAGUUGUUAUUCGUCGAGAGUGCAAGUUUUUACCCAGCAUCUUCGUAAAGUUUAUUUCAAAAUCUGGUGGAAAUUGAUUACAAGAUAACGAAAUUCAGAUUUCGUCGAAAGGUGACGCUGCUGAGGCAGUGGCCGAUAUUAUGGAAGAUGAAGACACCGAGAGUCGAGUUAUGGACAAUUGGCCGGCUUUGGACGACUUGGAAUACAAAAAUUCAACAAUUGACGAUACAAUAACGCAUUUUAAUAAUAGAAAUUCGUAUUCAGACGGUGACGAUCAGUGCCAUACAAAUUGUCCUCAAGAUUCAAUUCCGAAGAAUUCCGAUUUGAAUGCAAAAAUUUUUAAAGGCUUCAAGAAACGUAUUCUCGCACAAACGCAAGAGAAUCAAAAUACAGUGAAAAAAUCCUUUAGUCAGAAGAAUUAUCACCAUCAUCCAAAUUAUUAUCAUCAUCAUCAGCAUUCAAAGAAAACGAAAGAAAAAACGGGCAAAGUGAAUGAGUACGCUCAAUAUUUGGGUUUACAACCAUCACUAAAUUUAGAACAUUUAUCAUACAAUUCACAUAAUAAUUCAGAGUCGUCCUUAAAUUCACGAAGUAAUAAAAAUACAAAUUCCCAAAAAUCAAUUGCUUGCUUCAAGUGCCAUUCGGGUAAUCAAAAUUUCUUAGCCAAAAAACAGUCCUGCAGUUGUUCAACGACAAUGAUUCCAUUGCAGGGAAUCGCAAGUACCUCCGAUUUGCCAUCAAAUAAAUUUAAAAUACAACGAAAAGUCUAUCUUUGCUCGGCAUGUGGAACUUAUUUUGAAAAUUGGAAUCUUUAUCUACACGUCAAGGAAAUACAUCAACGACAUUUAUGUUUAUUUUGCCUUGGACUGUUUGAUCAUGCCGAGAGACUUUCACAUCAUUUAAUGAAAAAUCACAGUAUUCCCGAUACAUCAUUCACGUCUGUUGAGGAAUUUUAUCAAAUUUUCAAAGGCUCAUGUUAUCUGAUUUGUUGUAGUUGUGAAAAGGUUUUCACUGAAAAGGACAAUUUUUAUAAUCAUUUUUGCACAUCACCGCAAAAGGUGCAAGUGACAAAGAAUGUGUGUUCAAUAUGUCGUCAAGUCGAUGGUAAUCAUAUGACGACUUGUGGUUUAGCACCAGGUUCCGAUAGUGAAGUGAGCCUAACGCCUGGCAGUCCGGAUGAAUUAAUUUCCUCGUGCAAGAAUAAAUUGUCCGGCAAGGGUGCGACGAAAAAACAAAUGCGAAUCAAUAGGAUAACGAAUGUGACGGAAACUUUAGUGAAUCACUUUCAAAAUAAGAAAGUUGACAUUGAGAUUAAGAAAACUAGUGUUAAGUUAAUGAAGGAGAGUCAAAAUCGAGAAAUUAGGAGAGAUGAUGUGUUGAAUAAAACGGAAGUGCCGGCGAAUUCAACGAGAGAUACUGUGGCCGAGACGAUAAUGGAAGUUUCAAGGUAUGUCGACGAAUCGGAUAGCAACGAAAAGGAGGAGAAAAAAAUUGUCGCUGAAGAGAAACAAAACGUUUCCGAAGAACCUUCUUCUGAAAAUCUUCAGAAAACAUACGACAGUUAUACAGAAACAAUAAUGGAAGUAUCGCGUGUUGGUAUCAGUGAAAAAUCCCAAAUCUCCAAAGAAGAUGACGAGGAACAACAAAAUCAAGAAGAAACAAAUGAUAAUGAUACAUCCAAAAGUGUUUCAUUAAACGAAACAAUAAAUUCAAUUAGCGAUGAAAAUAAAGAGGACGAAAUUAAAUCAUCAAAUCCAAAAAAUGAAGAUGAUGUGAGAUUGAGUCCCCAUUCAGAUAUUAAUGAAGAAAAAUGUCACGAAAACGAAACACAGAACAAUCUAGAAAUUAAUUCACCAUCCAAUAGUCCAGUCUCGAAUAAAUCUCUUCUUAGUCCUCAUCAAUCAAAACCCGAAAAAGAAGAAGAAGAAGAAGAAGAAGAAGAGGAGGAGGAGGAAGAUGAAGAAGAAGAAGCAGAACCGGAAGUAGAAGAAGAAGAAGAAGAAGAAGAAGAAGAAGAAGAAAUAGAUGUAGAAGUGCCCAAAACAAUGGACACUGUUGAUUAUCAAUCAUUUAAUACAGUCACAAAAACUGAUAGAAGUCUAGUUAUAAAGAUCUGCACAAAUAAAAAUUCUCAAUUUUCGAUUGCCCCUCGAAAUGUUGAGAAUAGUUUAAAUCCCGAGUCCGAGGAGAAUAAUAAUCGUGAAUCUUCCGCGUCUGAGGAGAAAAGUUCCGAGAGAGGUAGAGACAGUCCUGAAAGUUUUCAUCUCAAUGAAUGUGACAGUGAUUCGGAUAGUGAGAAACUUGCGGUUGUUGAUAAUAGCGCCGAGGAUCAAGAUUUAAUUGCAAAGGACGACGAAGGGGAGCAGGAGCAGGAGGAGGAGGAGGAAGAAGAAAAAAUUGAUGAUAAUUUUCUGAAAGAACAAGUUGAAGAGAAACAAGAGAAUGAUGGUAUCAUUCUUGCCAGUGAGGAUCUUCCGUUUAUUGAAUUAAACGUUGAGGAUAUACCCGAUAAUAUGAAUCCACAAGAUCUUUUACGAAAGUGCAUCGAUGCGGCGAGUUGUUUUUGCGUUUAUUGUAAUCACGCGCGUCAAAUUGCCGUCAAUGGAAAACAACUCGGUCUCCAUUUACUGAGUGAACAUCGUUUUCAACCUCAACAUCCGGCAGUGAUUCUAAAUUGCGAGCAAGUCAUUUCAAAAAUCAAAAAAUCAUUAAACGACCUCGAGACGCAGUGUUUCAAUUUUGAUUCCUAUAAUUCCGAGAAGGGAACCUACAAUAUUCCGAGUCCAAGAACUUACGAGUGUUUUCAUUGCCGGCAUUAUUCGCUCCUACACAAGGACAUUUAUCUCCACAAUCGGAAAAUGCACCAGAAGACAAUUCUCAUUUGUAUAAUGUGCAAAUCAUCGUUUUAUAAUUACAGCGAACUUCUUUGUCAUUUGUGUCCCGGUGUUUAUUCACCAAAUGAUAAUGUCAAAUAUCGAUGUUGUCUGUGUCCGUUAAACAAUAUCCCCUCUGCUUUUCGUCUAAUGGUUCAUUUGAGAAAGAAACAUCACACUUGUGACGUGUGCUUGGAGUCGACCGGCAAUCAACAAAAACUCUCGAAUCACGUCUGGAAGCACAAACUCCAUCAUCUUUGCUAUCGUUGCGGCAUUGCCUACAGAAAUAAACCGGACAUAACGAAACAUUUAUUUUGGAAACACGGCACCGAAAGUGUACUCUGUAAAAAGUGUCUACAAAAAAAGUGGCCCCACGUCUAUCAUUUUUGCAUUCCACCAACCGCGUUCAUUUGCGAGGAAUGCAAUUUAAAUUUCACCCGUGCGGUCGCACUCAAAGUUCACAAGAGACUCCACUCCGGCGAUUUUCCCUACGCGUGCCAAGAAUGUGCGGAAAGAUUCAUCUCAAAGAAAUUAUUAGCCAAACAUGAAGAAACUCACAAAGAACAACCGGUGAUUGAGGAAACCAUACCAGUCAACGAGGGAAAGGAACCAAAAGAAGCAACUCAAGUUGAACCCGAAAACGAACAAGUCAGCGAAAGUAAAAAGAAAGAGGAGGAGGAGGAGGAGGAGAUAAAGGAGCCGGUGAAGAAAGUCGACGUCUACGAUUUACCCCCUUUGAAUCUAUCCUCCGACAGUGAUAGCGAUUUAGACGAUAAAGUUAGGGAGACGAUUAAUCUCGAUUUACUGGAAGAACCAAAGAAUGAUCAAGUCAUACACGAAACAAUAACGCAAAUCGACAACAUCGUUCAUGUCGAACUCAACGAGGAGGAGAAGAAAGAAGAGGCGCAAAUAAUGGAUGGAAUAUGGGACAAUUUCAAAACAUACGCCGCCAGUCUAGGAAUACAGGACACUUCAAUUCCAGUCAAGGGCACCGACACCGACAUCGAAUUUCUCAAGAGCGUCAUUCUCGCCGAUCACGACUACUGCACCGUCUUCUCUAAAAAAGAGAAAGACGAGCACCACAAAGCAAGAAGCAAAACACCGGAAGUCGUUUUGCCAGAAGUAAAAACCGGCUACGAGCAAGAAGCUCUCAACAAAAAGAAAAUAAAAACUAAAAAACGCAAGAGAACCGACAGUUCCUCGUCGAGCGAUUCAUCCAGUGACUCAGAUUCAAGCAGUUGUUCCUGUGGCAGCAAUUGCAGUUGCAGCAGUUCUUCCGGUAGUUCCUCAAGUUCGAGUUCAAGUUCCGAUUCCAGUUCAGCGUCCGAAACCAACUCCCCAAAGAAGAAAAAGAAGGAGCGGGAAAAAGGGAAGGAAAAUGAAACCAUCGAACCAAAAGAAACCACCACUCAAGAAAAUGGUACCACCGAGGAAAUUAUCGAACCUGGCGAGGCGCCUCAAGCACUCCGCGAAUCCGAUCUCGAAACCAACGAAUCGGAAACAGACGAAGACUUCUAUGAUCAAUAUCCCCAACAACUGAACAAACAGACCAAAAAACCAAUCGACGAUCAACAAAUAAACAACGGAGUUCUUCUAGAAACCAAUCCCAUCACCCCAUCAUCUUUACCUUCUGUACCUUCCGUACUUUUUGUACCUUCUGCACCAUCUUUACCUUCUGCACCAUCUUUACCUUCUGUACCAUCUUUACCGUCUUUGCCAUCUCCACCAUCUCUACCACCACAGAAAAAAAAAAUAAAAACAAAAAAACGAAAACGUGUCGAUAAAGGAAAAAAGAUCGUCGAGUCUAUUAAGCUCAACAUUCCAAAGUCAUUCUAUCAAAAUAAACCCGGUUCAUCGCCAAGUGUAAUAACGGUAACAUCAUCGAAUUUUUCCACGCCGAAAAAUUCCCCAACAGCGAAACUCAUUGAAAAUGAAAAUAAACGCUCGUCAAAAAGAAAGCGAAUACCAAAACGUUUCUAUGGCGAUUCGAGUGACGAGGAAAAUGAAAAGCAAUUGCCAAAGUGGAAAAAAAUUGAAACAAGCACCCCGGUGGGUAAAAUUGGAGCUCAAAUUUCGCAAGUGACACCGAGAAUUGUGACGCCACCAUUUCUCGAACGUACAACAUUAACAUUAAAGCGUACGGCGAAUAAUUAUAAGAUUGAAGAGCCAAAAAUUGAAUUACAACCAAGUGGAAGUGAUUCGGAUGAAGAUGGUGAGAGUAGUAGUGACACGGAAUCGGAUAAUGAGGGAAAAGAGCAACAGCUACAGUUGCAGCAACAACAAUUGCAGCAGCAGCAACAGGAGCUACAGUUGCAGCAGCAACUACAACAGCAACAGUUACAGUUGCAGCAACUACAACAGCAACAGUUACAGCAGCAGCAGCAACAUCAUCAACAUCCAUCAAAUUCAGAGCGUGCGACAAAUUUAUAUUGUUAUUGUCAGUGUCCUUAUGAUGAGGUUUCGGAAAUGAUUGCCUGUGAUGGAAGUGACUGUCGUAUCGAGUGGUUUCAUUUUGAAUGCGUGGGAAUAAUGGUACCGCCAAAAGGUAAAUGGUACUGUCCUGAUUGUCGUAAGAGGCUUGGAAUUCUCGAUAAUUAUGACGAAAUUAUCACAACUAACACACAGUAGCAAUUCUUUUUUUUUUGCCUCAAAAUGAUUAAUAAUAGCCGUGAAAUUUUUAAAGAGACUAUACUUAAAUUCUGUUUUCUUUUUUCUAAUCUAUAAAUUUAUUAUUACCAAACUCGCAAGCUGUUUAGUCACACACACAAACUACAGACGAAGAAAGGCCGAAUAUUUCACAAGAAAAAAAUAUUUUUUCUUCUCUUUGGUGUCUUUUGUUUCAUUACACUAAAAGAAAAUUUAUUUGAUUUAAAUAAUCGAUACUAACCAGUAAAUAUUUCAUUGAAGCGAAUAAUUUUUAUUUCAAGUAAUUAAAUGGCAUUUGUCUCAAAUGCCUAAAAAUUUAACUGAAAUUAUUUAUUUAAAUACAAUUUAAUUGAUUUAAAUAAAACUUAUUUGAUUCAAAUAAAAUGUAUUUGGCUUAAAUAAAA